AUGAGUUUCUACUUGCUUCCAGCAGCUAACUACCAGACCCAACAGAAGUUGAAGGAGCAAAUGGAGGGCAAGAAAAGGGAGUUGCGCAAGCAUUCGUCCACGGGGUCCAAGAAGUCCUCCAAAUCAUCCGCAGCCCCCUCCAUCAUUGCGCCUUCUGCAUACUCGUCCAGAACCCCCAGAACGUCUAUUUCCUCUUCUGGCAACGACCAAUUUGCGGCCACCAGAAAGAUGUCCAUUACCUCUGGCGACUCCAAGAGCUCCAAUGAAACCACCCUUACCGCUCCAUCGAGAAAGACGCAGGCCGCCUCUCCUUCGAGCAACCACCACAUGAAGGCAGACAACGAAAGCUUCUACGAUAACUACUCUCCUUACAGCAGAAAGCAUAUCAUCAAAUCGUCUGCAUCUUCGACUGCGGGAUCCAUUGACUCGUCAAGAAGGCCCUCUGCUGUUCCCUCAUCAUUCAAUUAUUCAAGCAACCUGGACAUGAGUCAAGUGCUAAAGGUCAGCAAGCAGCAUGCUUUACAUAAGAAAUCCACCAAGUUGUCCGAGUCAAUGUCCAACUUGAGCAUCGGUGAAACUUCUGGCUUUGAUUCCGAGAGCAAAGACAUUAAGGUUGAGUUCAAGAACGUCAACUUUCAAGUGCUAGAGCCACCCCAGGUGGCCACCAAGCAGCCGGAAGAAACCAUUGAUACCAUUGCAUCGGACGAGGACGAGGACUCGGAAGCAGAGAGUGCCAGUAAUAACAACUUGACCAAGGUCUACUCCAACGUCAGUUCGAUUUUCAGCACCAAGAACGACCCUUCAUUGUACAAGUCCCAGACAGCGUCUACUGCCCAGUCAAGUUCCCCUCUGGCUUCUCACAAGAACAGCAAUGAUAACCUCAACAUUUCUCAGAAACUGAACAAGUUUUCUCGAUUCAAGAAGAAGUUUUCUGUAUAG